AUGGAUUCGAAUUGCGUUUUCUCCGACGACAGCCCAGCUGUUAACUCCACAGCUGUGGCUGUUGAUAAGGACAAGAACAGCCAGUCUGCAGUGAAAUGGACCAUCGAUCAUCUGUUGAUGAAAAACCCUAAUGUCGUUCUCAUCCACGUCAAGAACCGUAAUUUGCAUCAUACUGCUCUCGACUCCAAUCGCGAAGUUGAUACCGAGACGCAACAAAUUUUCCUUCCUUACCGUGGAUUCUGUAGUCGUAAAGGGGUUCAAGUGAGGGAGGUGGUUCUUGAAGAUGUUGAUGUUUCAAAAGCAAUAACUGAUUAUAUCAACAAUAACUACAUCAGCAACAUUGUCGUCGGUGCAUCAAGUAGAAACGCCAUUACAAGGAGGUUCAGGAACGCAGAUGUAGCAUCUUGCUUGACCAAAUCUGCACCAGACUUUUGUACGGUUUACGUUAUUUCGAAAGGAAAGGUGUCGACCGUCCGAUCAGCAAGUCGUCCUGUCCCUGCCCCUUCGAAUCCCAAUCCACCACCCAGCAAGCAACCAUUAAUAGUCCUUCCUCCCCAGUUUCCCCCCGAUCAAUUCGAGUCCGACGAUUCAAUUAAAUCACCUUUUGGUAAGGGUUGGAAGAGUCCAGGUGGUGCAAGUCUGGAGAGAGGGUCCAUAGAAAGGAGCAGUGAUUACGGUUCAGGAUCAAUGCGUUUCCUAUCAGGCGAUUUAACUUCAGAAAAUCUAGAACUCCACUCUGAUACUAGUCCCAGGAGCUCCUCAUCAUCAUCAACACAAAGCGUGCGUGAAGUGGAGGCCGAGAUGAAGAGGUUAAAGUUGGAAUUGAGGCAAACGAUGGAACUGUAUAGCGUAGCUUGCAAAGAAGCAAUCUCCGCCAAGCAAAAGGCACUAGAGCUUCAUCAAUGGCAGAUGGAGGAAUCCCGCAAAUUGGAGGAAGCCAGACAAGCCGAAGAGGCAGCCCUCGCGAUUGCUGAGAAGGAGAAGGCCAGGUGCAAGGCAGCCAUUGAAGCUGCCGAAGCGGCGCAAAGGCUAGCCGAAAUGGAAGCAAAUAAGAGAAAGAAUGCAGAAAUUAAGGCCAUGCGCGAGUUAGAGGAGAAGGUUAGAGUGUUGGAUGCAUUGGCCAGUAACGACUUUCGCUACAGGAAGUACACCAUAGAAGAGAUCGAAGCUGCCACUGAAUCCUUCACGCCGUCUAUGAAGAUCGGUGAGGGUGGAUAUGGUCCCGUGUAUAAAGCCACACUCGAUCACACCCCCGUCGCUAUCAAGGUUCUAAGACAAGAUGCAGCUCAAGGAAGGAAGCAAUUCCACCAAGAAGUAGAGAUAUUAAGCUGCAUUAGACAUCCAAACAUGGUUCUAUUGCUAGGGGCCUGCCCCGAGUACGGAUGCUUGGUUUAUGAGUACAUGGAAAAUGGGAGCUUAGAGGAUAGGCUGUUCCGGAGGGGGAAUACUCCUCCAAUCCCGUGGCAGAUCAGGUUCAAGAUAGCAGCAGAGAUAGCGACUGGGCUUCUCUUCCUCCACCAGACUAAACCAGAGCCACUGGUGCACCGGGACCUUAAGCCUGCAAACAUCCUCCUAGACAUCAAUUACGUGAGCAAGAUAAGCGAUGUUGGGCUAGCACGGUUGGUCCCGCCUUCUGUAGCUGACAGUAUCACACAGUAUCACAUGACAGCAACAGCGGGGACAUUUUGUUACAUAGACCCAGAGUACCAACAGACAGGAAAGCUGGGGAUUAAAUCGGAUAUAUACUCUUUGGGAGUGUUGUUGCUUCAGAUUAUCACGGCAAGACCUCCGAUGGGUCUCACUCACACUGUGGAGAAGGCCAUCAGCAAAGGAACAUUGGCGGAGCUGCUUGAUCCGACAGUGCCGGACUGGCCCGUUGAAGAGGCUCUAGUGUUUGCAAAGUUGGCGUUGAAGUGCUCGGAGCUAAGGAAGAAGGACAGACCCGACCUUGGAACAGUUGUUUUGCCUGAGCUGAACCGACUUAGAAAUCUUGGGAAUAACGAACUACCUACCUUGAACUACUUCAACUAUGGACCACGCUCUUCUAACGUUUCCAGUUCACAAUAUUCAACUCCCCGGUUCUCAUUUCCAAGUCUGGAAUUCAUGAAGUCAAGUUCUAGUAUGACGCUACUUCAACAGAAGCCGGCGAUGAAAAUUACCUGGCACUGAUCGGAGGAAGAAGAUGAACGCCUGGAAAUUAAGCUAGUUGAACAUGUGGAAGGUGGAGACUAGGUGACAAAUCAGAUGGGCUAUCAAAAACAAGGUGACGAAACAGCAGCAUGGUUGUUCUUGUACCUUUGUGAAGUUUUGUUUGCAACAUCCGAUAAUUUAGUA